AUGGUCCCAUUUUUCAGGGCGUCGGGCUUGGCCCGUAUUGCCUCCGUGGCCCUGGUGCUGGGCGUCCUGCUGCUGACCUUCCACUGGCUUGGAAACCCGGGGUACGCGAUAGACGGAGGACGAGGCGGCAAGUCUGGGUCUCCGCAGGGCCCGCCCACUUGGCGCCCGGAAAACGGGAAAGCACCGGCGCCAUCCCACCCGCAGGAGGGUCCCCAAAGUAUCUCGGACAAGGGUGAGCCGACGGUCGGGGAGGAGCAGCGACGACUGGCAUCCGCUGCCGUCCGACUGCGGCAGCUAUUCUCAACGGGCCAGGUCGCCGCAGGAACCCCUCUCGGAAGGACGCUUCAAGCUCGGGUAUCAGCGUCCCCGCCCCAGUGCCGUAGCUUUAACUCGUCGCUGGCCGAGGACACCAUUACCCGCCUGCAGGGCGUUAUCACGGACCCGGACCUGUUCCGCGUGUUCGAGAACACGUUCCCCAACACGCUGGACACCGCGAUCAAGUGGAAGGGCGCGGCGGCCAACAAUUCCCAGGAGGAGCUCUGCUUCGUGAUCACGGGCGACAUCGACGCCAUGUGGCUCCGCGACUCGGCCAACCAGCUUCAGGUGUACCGCGACAUCAUGAAGUCGCCCGAGGACGACGUCGCCAGCAUUUUCCGCGGCGCCAUCAACUUGCAGGCCCGCUACAUCGUCGUGCACCCGUACUGCAACGCCUUCCAGGCCCCGCCCGAGUCGGGCAUUCCCUCGGGCAUCGGCAGCCAAGGUUCGACCGUGUCCCCACCCAUCGACGUGCACGUGGUGGCUACGUGUAAUUUCGAGCUGGACUCGUUUGGCGCGUUUCUGCAAAUGUCGUGGGAUUACUACCAGGCGACCGGCGACGUCGAGUUCUUUGGCAAGUUCCAGUGGAUGUAUGCCGUGCAGUCUAUGAUCAAGGCGGCCAAGGACAUGAUGGCGCCAACGUACGACGACGAGGGCAAGCGCCUCACGCCGCCCUACACCUUCAACUCGAUGACCCGGACGAUGACGUCGACGCUCAACCUCGUGGGCACCGGUAACCCCUUCCUCGUGCCCGCCAACAUGAUGUUCUCGCGGUACCUCAAUGACACGGCUGCUAUCAUGGAUAAGGUGGCCAAGGCGCCGCCCGAGCUCGCGACCGAGAUGCGCGACCUGGCCGAGGAGAUUCGCGCCGGCAUCGAGAAGCACGCGAUUGUCAAGGGCCCCGCCGGCCAGGACAUGUACGCCUACGAGGUGGACGGUUUCGGUGGCCAGAACCUCAUGGAUGACGCCAAUGUGCCCUCGCUGCUAUCGGCGCCCUUCCUCGGCUACCUGGCCCAGGAUGACGAGGUGUACCAGCACACGCGGAAAUUUGUCCUUAGCGGCCAGAACCCCUGGUACGCGCGCGGGCCUGUCAUCAAUGCCGUCGGUAGCCCUCACAUCAAGCCUGGGGCGGCGUGGCCGAUGGCGAGCAUCAUACAAAUCAUGACGACGGACGACGAGACGGAAAUUGUGGGCACCUUGGCGGAGUUGGUGUCGAGCACGGAUGGGCUGGGACUCAUGCACGAGAGCAUCAACAGCCUCAAUGCCAACCAGUGGACCCGAGAAUGGUUCUCGUGGGCCAAUGGUUUGUUUGGGCAAAUGAUUCUUGAUUUGGAGACGCGAAAGCCCAAAUUGUUGGAAAAGUCGUUCCAGGCAUUUCCGGUUGGCGGCGAGGAGGAAUAA